AUGACGGUCACUCAUCCUUCCAACCAAGACGUCGUAUGGCCCCUGCUUCACCCGGCACUGCUCGAGAAAGUGCUCGUCGAAUGCCAGCCGCACCGCAAGAUCCUGGCGUAUGCCGCCGCCGCGACAGUGAACUGCUUGCACCCAGCGCACGCUGGCCGCGCGAUGGAGCUCGUCGCGUCGCGUCAAGUCGUGAUUCUGCUACUGCAACGGUGCUUGUCCUUUCAAAGCGCCGACGAGUCGGACCCGGCGUUCGAGUGGAUCUCCAUCUUGUUUCGCGUGCUCAUUGCGCGCCACCACACGCCCGACUUGUACCGCAACCUCAACGCGUCGCUCGUUAGCACGCUCUGGGCCAAGCUAACUCCCGAGCAAAUGCUGCUGCUGCGGAUGGUCGACAUGGUGGUUGCCGAGCCAUCGUCGCCAGCGACCACCGAUCAUGGCCCGGACGCAGCGUUGGUCGAGUUCUUUUGCACCGAGUUCACCGCCCUGCAUGCGCCGCCUGUGACCUCCGAACCCGACGAAGACGCCGCGCCUUCCAGCGAUCGACAAGCCAUGUGGGAUGUGAUGGAGAUCGAAUCGUCCAAACGAAUGUUCCACAUCCUCGGCACGCUUACGUCAACGCCAGCGACGUUGGACGACGCCAAGGUUCUCCCGUUCAUCGCGGCGCUGGUCGGCCAACUCCGGCGAUUCACGACCACCCACACGCGGGAAACCAACGCCGCCGCUCUGUCCAGCGAGCCCGUCGACGAGGACGAAGCCUUUGGGUACCGUUCGGCCGGUGUUCGAGUGCUCGGAAACAUGGCACAUCGCAGCACGUCGGUCCAGGAGGCGUUGCGGGCGUGCGGCGGCCUCGAAAUCCUCCUCAACAGGUAG